CAAAAUCUGUUCGGUCUGUUAACUUCUUGUGUAUAAUUUACUUACUUUGCUCUAUAAACGGAGACUCGUAGCAUAAUUUAGCGAUGGGUUCAAAGGUGAUAUCUAGAGCGAAGGACUUUUUCAACAUUCUUCGAUCUCUUCAAGGUGAGAAAGGCAGUGAUCCACAUAUAUAUGAGGAGGACAUCCAAAUAUUGAAAACGAACGGAGACAGAAUUGCUGCGGUGAAUAUGUACUGUGGCGACCAGACAGUCUUCAUCUGUGAAAAAGUUAUUCCUAAAAUAUGUGAGCCAGAUGAUGAACCAAUGACUGAGACAUCGAACUGUGCUGAUGAUGAGGAUGAGGAUGAGGAUGAGGAUGAGGAUGAGGCUGAGGCUGUUAGUGCCAGUGUACUCCACACAGAACUAGGACCGCAGCCGCUCACAAUCAUGAAAGCAAGGCAGUUGCUGUCUUUUUAUACAUUAUCUCAAAAUGCUAAUGUGUCAGCUGUGGACAACAACCCUGCCUUGCACCCUCUGUGGGUGCGAUGUGACAUGUCUGAUCCAGCUGGAACAACCUGGUUAGGAGCUGAAACAGUCUGUGUGGGCAGUAAAGUAGCUGGUGUUAAGCUAUACUCUGUUACCUGCAAAGGUUCAACUGUGGACAAAAGAUCUCUCAUCACUUUAGAGGAACUCAAAAAAGAGCAUAAGAAAAGGCAUCACCCGUCCUCAAUGGGGAUCAAAGGCAAUGCCAGAUUCAACUUGUUUGGUUCCACUAUUGUUGAAAACACAAUGAUUGAGUCACAGAGUAGUGUGACAGUGGAUUUCAAAUGGAGCCAUGUGGAGAGCAUCCUUGAGAUCCCACCCCUGUCUUCCACAGCAACACUUAAUAUCAAAGUUGCCAGUGGAGACAUGAGAAGUCCAAUGUUUGAGAUGUACAGGGAGCUCGAGUUUCUUCAGACUCUUGCUGAUGGUUUGAGAACUGGUGAGACUGAAUGGAUGGAACCUUUGGAAAGCACAUCUGCUGUAAAUCUGACCAAGGCUUACCUAGAAGAGCUUCAGAACACUGCAAAAACACUUCAAGAUCAGGCUGCAAAAACCGCAGAGACCACAAAGCUGAAAUCUGAGACGGACACUCCCAUUUUCAACUCUUUCUUGGAGAGAGGCGAUUUGGAUUUCGUGGAGCAGCUGUGGGUUCGGAUGAGAAAAAGCGUGACUUCUUAUCAGGACAUUGGAGACUGUCUGAAGUUGGUCACUGAAGCUCUAAGAUACGGCGACAUCAAACCCUGGAUUCACAGAGACAGCAGCAGCUCCCUCAGCAAGCUCAUUCUGCAGUGCUACCACCAGCAGAUCGAUCACGUGUCCCUUACAGGCGUCACCCCUGUCAACAUGCUUCUAGAGAUGGGUCUGGACAAGAUGAGAAAAGAUUACAUUAACUACCUAAUUGGUGAAGAAUUGACAACUCUGAACCACUUGUGUUAUUACCUGAGCACAGAGGUUGAUCUGCAGGAACAAGUGGUCCGACUGAGAAAACUGCACCAUCUGCUGGAAAUAAUCGUGACCUGCAGCACAUUCUUGGCUUUGCCCUACGACCGGCUCUUCCUUCUCACACAAUCAUGUUUGCAGCACUACAAAACAUCACCAUAUGAUGAGGAGCAUGAGUUCAAACUCCAAAUCAAACCUGCCCUGAUCAGCCAUUUCUACCAGAAAGAGCAUCCAGUCGUGUGGGGGGUGGAGGUGUCCAGUGGUAAUGGUCCUCGUGAGGUCAGAACAGCUUUACAGCUCAGUGACAGACCGCUGGUUGAUCAUGUCAUCUUUGAAACAGAUUACCCAAAUGAAACAGUGAAUGGGGACAGUGACGACCCUGCUUUCUUCUCCACCAUGGCGUGCUGUAGCCUUGUCAACUUCGCAUGAACUUAAGAAGCACGCAACAAAACAACAAAGGAGGUGUUUUUCAUACCAUUUUCUCAUUAGCAUUUAACGACAUACAAGAACUAGCCACAAGUGCAAUCAGAACCUUCACUCACCAGGUACACCUGAGAAAUCUAAUGUUUUCUGAUGCUGAGCCCCCCUUGUGUAUGUUUAAGGGGUGGACAGAGCAUCAGGAACAGUCAAUGUGAUACAGUCACCACCACCCACAAUGGCCUCAAUAACAAACCUUUCUGACAGCAAAAACUUCAAACGUUUGUAGUAGUACAUUUCAUGGCAGAGCUGUGUUGUAUUUAAUUGCAUUAGAUUUUACAGGUGUACUCUGGUUUUCUGUUAAUAUGCUUUAUUUUUUUUGUUAAAUGUAUCCAAUAAAAAAGUCAGUCUUUUGUAAAUAUGUUUGGGUUACCACAUCUUUAUUGUCACAUUUGCUGCUCACGAUGGCAGUUGAAGGAGAUUCAGAAGAAUUUUUCUCUCAAACAGCUUUAUCCAAAUGAAAACACAAAAUACAGUCGAUCAUAUGGGUUGUUUGCAAUGGCAAUAUUUCACAGCAAUGUUUAACUAAAGAAUUCUAACAAAUUUCAGGGGUAUCCACACUGUUUGAGCGUCUGUUACUAAAAUCAUUAUCACAGGCUAAAAAAAAUGGUUUUACUUUAAACACUGUAUGCACAUCAAAUUAAUAGUAAAUCCCUUUAAAUUCAGUUUAAAUAUUGUAUUUAUGUUCACACUUAAUCCAUUAAAGAAAUGAUGCACUUAA